AAAUAUUUAAUAAAUAAUAAUCAAAUAAGUAUAAAAUACGCAAAAAUGGAUAACUCAGAUGAUAACAGAGGAUUUGAUUAAUAUCUGAUAAAUUUGAAGUAAUAAAUUGAAAAUGAAACAUCAGAUGAAAGAAGAUAAGAACUAAUAUUAGACUAUUUUUAUUUGAGUGAAAAUAAAUAAUAUCUCUGCUAAGAUAGUAUCAAAAAUGAUAUUGAAACUCCUCAAGCUAAAUAGCAGUCUAUUUGCUAAUAUAAAGACUUAAUUGAAAAUUAAAAUAUCUCUAAAAGUAAUGAUUAAAAUAAACCUGUCUAAUUUUCUGCAUUUAAGCAAUAGGAUGAUUAAUACGAUAACAAACCUCCUUAUUAUUAAUAUAAUUCUAAAUAAAAAGAUCAAAAUAGAAAUAAUCUGUAAUAAAACAAUACAAGCAAAUGCUCAAUCGAAAGCGAAAUAACAUCUAAUAUUUCUGAUACAAAUUAACAAAAUAUACGUUAAUAACUUUAAAUAGACUUGUAAAAAGAAAAUGAAAAUUUAUUUCGUUUAGAAGAAAAAAUAAAAAAAAUAGACUAGAGUAAUGCUACUUAAUUAGUUGCUGAUUUGUAGGAUGAAAUUGAAUUAACUAAAGGAAAAAUUAUUAGUUUAUAAGAUCAAAUUCAAAAUUCUCCUAGUAUUACCAAAUAGCAAGCUUAAGACUAGAAAGACUAGAGCAUUUAGCCAAUCAAGACUUUUUAAAUUUAGUAUGAAGGAAAUAAAUAAGAUUUUCUAAAUAAGCCUGAUAAUAUUUAAAUGAGGAAUGGAAAUUAAAAUAAUUUUUUGUUAUAUCAGGCAGGUAAUUUUGAAGAUGAAAGCUAAAUUCGAUCUUAAUCAGCAAGCUUUUAUUAAAGGGAAAACGUUUAAGUUUUAUAAAAUGGUAAUUCAUAUGAAGAAACUUAAACUUAAGGCAUGGAUCCAAAUGAAGAUAUUUAUAUUGAGAAACGAUCAAAUUUAGAAGUAGAGCUGAAAAAAAAAAUUGAAAUAUAAGAAUCAUUAAUUAUGAAAAUAGAUUAAAUGUCUUUAGAUGAAAAAUAAUCAUCUGAAAAAAAAGAAAAUUAAAAGUAAAUUCAAUAAAUUGAAUAAAAAAUUGAGGAGAUUUUGAAUUAAUUAGAUAUGUUGGGUGAUAAGCUCUCUAAAUUAAAGAACAAAUAGCAAAACUAAAAUUCUAAUAGCAAAAUUUCAAUUGAGAGUUAAUCUAAAUACAAUUAAAAUAUCAACUCCAAGAGAGGCAUAAAUUAGUUAGAAAACAAUUUUGACAUGACAAAUGAAGUUAAAACUAUAUAUUUUUUUGACAAAAAUAUUGCAUAAGACACUCUAUUUAACAAGCCUUACUUACCAGAUCAAAACAGCUAAGGAAUUACAAUGAAUAAAGAAUAAUAAAGAGCUGAAAGUUAUUAACUUGAUAGAGGUAAUGGAAAUAAUAAUAGUAUCACCAUCUACGCUGGUAAAAAAGAUUUGUAAUAAAAAGGAUUCACAGAAGGUUGGUUUCAUAAGUCUGGUUUUGGCUUUUUAAGAUAUGAUUUAUUCAAUGAACCUUAAUUAUUUUCAAAUAUAUUAAACCAUAAGUAUGAUCAAGACAAAAAAAUAAAAAUAAGAGAAAAAUAUUUUUAUGAAUUUAUUUAUAAGUGUCUCAUUAAUAUUAAUGAAGAAAUUUAUGGUUUAGAUAUACUUACUAUUCAUGAAAAGUAUUAUUUUAAAAAAUUUAUUUCAGUUUUGAAAGAAUAUUUAAAAUUAAGAAAUAUGCAAAUCACCAAAAUAUAUCAAUAAGAAAGCUAAGAUGAAAACAUAAAUAGCUUAUUUAUCACUUCUUCUAAUGAAAAUGAGGUAUUAAUAACAGAACUCUACUUAAGGAAUGCAGAAACAGAAUAUAAGCUGAUGGUAGAUUACCAAGGUUUCUACUUGGGCAAGAUCAGAGAAUAAUAAAGCUUGUAAGAAGGCCUUUUCCCUUAAAAGAAAGUCAGACUUUGCUUAUUGCCCCUAAGAGAAAUUAAAUAAAUUAACUUCUAUGAAUUUGAAGAACAGGAUGUAAAAUAAUUAUAAAAUGGCUAAACCAAAAUAAAAUAAUUUAGAAAGAGUAUGUUUACUUGGCUUAGUAAUGAUAAAUAUUUCUCAUAAAAUAUACAAACUUCUACUGAAGAAUUAAACGGACAAUAAGUAAGUCUUGUAAAAUUUGUAGAUUUAAUAAUCUAAGAAUGUAAUAAAGCAUUAAUAACAAAAUACUAUGAUCUAGAUAAUUCAGAAAACAUACUAGCUUCAAAUGAUUGCAAUGAUGAUUAAGAGAAAAGAAAAGGAAUAAAUAAUUUUAAAAAAUAUUAUUUAAUACAUAUUUUACUUUUCUUUAAAGUUCAAAAAGGUGAAAUUCCUCCGUAGGUUGAAUACAUAAUAAAUGAAUUAUAAUAAAAAGAAAAUACUAAUUAAGAUGUAGCUUUGCAUAAUGAUUACAGGUAGUAAAUGUAUCCAACAUAUUAGUAGUUAAAUUAGAAUCCAUACAAAAGAUUAAAACAUAAUAAUUAUAAUAUAAACAACAAUUCCUUUAAUAAUCGUUAAUAUUACAAUUAACCCUAUAGCUAAUAAAAUAACAUUCGCUAAAAUUAAUAUAACAACAACCGAUAAUUUUAAUAUUAAAACUAUUAACCUAAUAGCUUUAACAGAAAUUACUAUAAUGAUUUCAACAAUUUUUAAUGA